AUGCACCACUCUGGGGGGCCAGGGCCCGAGCCCGUGGUCAAUGCUUCCUUUCCGGCCCUGAAUGAGUCGUCCUGCCAAGGGGCCGGGACUGGGAGCGGCUGUGCCAACAGCUCCGGGCCAACCGGGCCUCCGCGCCUAGUGGACGCCUGGCUGGUGCCGCUCUUCUUCGCUGCUCUCCUGGUGGUGGGGUUGGCAGGCAACUCGCUAGUCAUCUACGUGAUCUCUAAGCACAAGCAGAUGAGGACCGUCACCAACUUCUACAUCGCCAACUUGGCAGCCACAGACAUCAUCUUCCUGGUAUGCUGUGUGCCCUUCACGGCUAUGCUCUACCCACUUCCCAGCUGGGUCUUUGGAGAAUUCAUGUGUAAGUUUGUCAGCUACAUCCAGCAGGUGUCUGUCCAGGCCACCUGUGUCACCUUGACAGCCAUGAGUGUGGACCGCUGGUACGUUACCGUGUUUCCCCUGCGUUCCCUACGCUACCGCACCCUCCGAUUGGCCUUUGCUGUGAGCCUGGGUAUCUGGGUUGGGUCCUUCCUGGUGUCCAUUCCUGUGCCCAUGUACAACCGACUCUCCGAGGGCUACUGGUUUGGGCCACAAACAUACUGCAUCGAGGAGUUCCCAUCUGUGACCCAUGAGCGUGUCUUCAUCCUUUACAACUUUCUGGCCGUCUACCUGCUUCCUCUUCUGACUCUCUGUGUCUGCUACAUGGCCAUGCUGUACCAGAUGGGACGACCUACCGUCGAGCCAGUGGCUGACAAUAACUAUCAGGUACAGCUGCUGGCGGAACGUUCAGAAGCCAUGCGGGCUAAGGUGUCCCGCUUGGUGGCUGCCAUUGUGCUGCUCUUUGCUGUGUGCUGGGGCCCCAUUCAGCUCUAUAUCCUCCUCCAGACCUUCAGUCCUGGCUUCCAACAUGACUUUGCUGCCUACAAGGUGAAGAUCUGGGCUCACUGCAUGUCGUACAGCAACUCCUCCCUCAACCCUGUACUUUAUGCCUUCCUAGGAGCCAACUUCCGCAAAGCUUUCCACAAGGUCUGUCCUUUGGCUGGGCGUGUGGGCAGUGCCAGCAUCCCUAGUGCCAACCUCCAUACGGAGCUUCAUUUUGUGUCCUCCGGGCCACCAGCUUCCCUCCGCCAGCCCCAGCCGGAGGGAGAGGUCCCAGCCCCAGUGGCCCAGUGA